CGGAGAGGAGGACACAGCCGCGGCUCUCUGAUCAACACUGGAGCUCGGUAUGUCCAGCCUGAGUGAGCUGCCCAUGGAGAGCUGGAUGUCUCACCUGCCCUGUGCUCUGUGGGACACCCCCCUGCCCCACCUGGCCAUCCCAGGCAGCCACAAUGCAAUAACCUACUGUCUGGAUAUGAAUGACAGAUCCCCAGUUGACCUCACCCAACCAGACAUGCUUCAAAAGCUGGACAAAUACAUGAAGCCCCUUAUUCGACCAUUUGUCUACAAGUGGGCUGUAACCCAGGAGUACACUAUAAAGCAGCAGCUGGACUGUGGGGUCAGAUACUGUGACCUGAGGAUCGCACACAGGCCCAAUGACAGCUCCAGCGAUCUGUAUUUCUACCAUGGUGUUUACACCACACUGACUGUGGAGACUGUUCUCCUGGAGAUAAGAGAGUGGCUGGACGCUCAUCCCAGAGAGGUGGUCAUUCUCUCCUUCAGCCACUUCCUGGGCCUGAGCCCGGAGCUCCACAUGCUGCUGCUCACAAACAUACGCAACGUUUUCACCUCCAAACUCUGUCCCAAAACGGAAACGUUAACACUUCGAAACCUGUGGGCUGUUGGCUACCAGGUGAUAGUUUCUUAUGAGCACAAUAUGGCCAACUGUAACAGUGAGCUGUGGCCACAUGUUCCUUACUGGUGGGCUAAUAAAUGCAAGGCUGAGGCUCUUAUUGAGGAGUUUGAGAACAGGAAGCAACAUGGCAGACCAGGAGGUCUCUUUGUCACAGGAAUUAAUCUGACCGAGGACCUGAAAUACAUCUGCACUCACCCGACAGAGUCCCUGAAGGACCUGGUGACGUCCACGUAUCCCACGCUGCUCAGCUGGGUCAAAGAGCAGACCCCCGGCUCCAGGGUGGGCUCCCUCAACAUCAUCGCUGGGGACUUCAUCACAGAGAGUCACUUUGUACCAACUGUUGUUAUGCUAAAUGAGAAACUACUGAAAUGGUCCUCAUGACUUUUCACCAGAACGCAUUAUUUUACAAAAAAGAAAAUGUGAAUCACAGC